AUGGCUUGGCUUUUGAGUCGACUCAAAAACUCUUCCCGCUUCUCGCUCACUCCCGCCGGCCCUGAUGACAGCAUAGUGACGUGGCUAAGGGCCGCCCUGGCUUCUCCUGCUGAGCUGGCAGCGGCAGGCUGGCGCCACGUGGACGCCUCUGAUUGGCUGAGCGGCGGCCGCAGCUGGCGGUUGGAACAGAGAGCAGCAGCAGUGAUGGGGAGGAUUGCCGGGGGAGGCGUGACUGGGGAAGAGACGGAGAGAGAGGUGAGUAGAGGCGGGCUGGGUUUGCAUGGGGGACUUGAGUCGACUCAAAAGUCACUCUUCUCCAACACUCACUCUUCCCCUCCUCUACCCUUCCUCUCCCCCCCAAUGACUUUUGAGUCGACUCAAAAGUCACUCUUCUCCGACACUCACUCUUCCCCUCCUCUACCCUUCCUCUCCCCCCCAAUGACUUUUGAGUCGACUCAAAAGUCACUCUUCUCCGACACUCACUCUUCCCCUCCUCUACCCUUCCUCUCCCCCCCAAUGACUUUUGAGUCGACUCAAAAGUCACUCUUCUCCGACACUCACUCUUCCCCUCCUCUACCCUUCCUCUCCCCCCCAAUGACUUUUGAGUCGACUCAAAAUCGACUCAAAAGUCACUCUUCUCCGACACUCACUCUUCCCCUCCUCUACCCUUCCUCUCCCCCCCAAUCCCCCCGACCAGGUAUAUCACCGCCUCAUCUCUGCCGCUUGAUCACAGCUGCAAGGGUAUACCUCCGCCUCAUUUCCGCUGGUCAAUCGCAGCUGCAAGGGUACCGAACAACCAUAGAAGAAGACAUAGCCCUGCUGUUCAACGCACCGCGGUGUAAAGAGCCCGAGAGGUGGGCGGUGGCAGCAGUAUUGAGUGAGAAGCUGGCUCUAUUAGGUGUGGGAAUAGAGGAGAACAUUACUGUGGACGAGGACGUUCACCUCCUGUUCAGAGCACCCCAGAGCAAGGCGCCUGCAAGAUGGGCGGUGGCAGCGGCAUUAAGCGAGAAGCUGGCUCUGGCUGGUGCUAUCCAGGCGCUGCAACGGCUUUAG